ACAUUGACUGAAAUCCGAGCUGUGGUUUCCCAAUCUCACCUCUGCAUGAAGUUCCCAACUCCUAUGGGAAUAGCAACACUGCGAGGAAACCAAGAGGUGGCCAGACAUUGUUAUAUCACCUUAGUAACACAACCAACGAAGGGCAAAGAUCAGACACCCGAGGCCAUUCCCCAGCGAAUUCCUGAUACUCAGCAAGUUAUGGGUGUAGAGAUCGUCGAUAAUCAACCGGACGAUGAAGCCAGAGCUGCUCCAGUCGAAGAUGUUGAAGAAGUGCUCGUUGAUGACAGAGAUCCGAGCCGAAAGACACAGAUUGGAACUAGAUUGAACCCAGAGGAAAAGGUAAAUGGUAAAUGGCGAAUGUGCAUUGAUUAUACAAAUCUUAACCACGCCUGCCCCAAGGAUUGCUAUCCGAUGCUGAGCAUUGACAAAUUAGUUGAAGCGGCUUCAGGCAAUGAGAGGUUAAGCCUCUUGGAUGCAUAUUCUGGGUAUCACCAGGUGCCAAUGGCUCCCGAAGAUGAAGAGAAAACCUCGUUCUAUGCUAGCGAUGAAAUUUAUUGCUAUGUCAUGAUGCCGUUUGGCUUAAAGAACGCUGGUGCUACUUAUCAGAAAAUGGUGACCAUCGUCUUCCGAGCUCAGAUCGGCAAGAAUCUAAAGGUGUAUGUCGAUGACAUCGUAGUAAAGAGCCGGAAAGCAGAAGACCAUCUAGCCGAUCUCGAUGAAACCUUCAACAACCUCAGAAAGAACAGGAUGCUGUUGAAUUCAGCCAAAUGUAUUUUCAGCGUGGAGUCUGGAAAGUUUCUGGGUUUCAUGGUGUCCCGAAGAGGGAUUGAGGUCAAUCUAGAAAAAAUUAGAGCAAUUGCCAAGAUGGAACCACCGAAAUCAGUAAAAGAUAUACAGAGGUUGACUGGAAAAGUGGCAGCCCUUCAUCGAUUCAUAUCGAAGUCAGUAGAUAAGUGCCUGCCAUUCUUCAAGAUCAUGAGCUCACCACCUCUACUGACUAAGGCUGUCGAUGGAGAGAUUCUUUACUUGUACCUGGGGAUUUCAGAAGAGGCCAUUAGUUCAGUUCUGUUGAGAGAGGAAGCCAAGCAACAGAAACCAAUCUAUUAUAUCAGCAGUGUAUUACACGGAGCAGAGCUGAGAUAUCCUAUAGCAGAGAAAGUAGCACUAGCAGUUAUUCUGCAGAAACCAGAAUGUUCUGGAAGAUUAAUUAAGUGGGCAGUAGAACUGGGGGAGUUUGAGAUCACGUUUCAGCAGAGAUCCGCAAUCCGAGCUCAAGCACUAGCAGAUUUCAUUGUCGAAUGCACCCCAUGUCCUUCAACCUCUACUCCAGAGCCCAACGACUGGACCUUAUAUGUUGACAGAGCAUCUAGUAGCAAGGGUUCAGGGGCUGGCGCUCUCUUGAUUGGUCCAGAAGGAUACCGAAGCGAACAUGCCUUGAAGUUCAACUUUGAUGCGACAAAUAAUAUGGCUGAGUAUGAAGCUCUGCUACUUGGGCUACAGCUAGCAUUGGAGUUGAAAAUCAGUGCAAUUCAAGUAUACAGUGACUCCCAGUUGGUGGUAAACCAAAUUAACUCAAUUUGUGAAGUUGUUGAUCCCGUAAUGGUGAAGUAUGUAGCCUUGGUAGCCGAGCUGAAGUGCAGAUUCCAGAAAUUCUGUCUGAGUAAAAUCCCCAGAGCUGAGAAUGAACAGGCAGAUUCACUCUCCAAGUUUGCCUCUGACAGCUCUUUAAGUUCCAGAUCCGUUUUUGUAGAAAUCUUAGAUGAACCAAGCUUCAUGAAGCCUCGGGUGAUGGAGAUUAGCACAAACCCAGACACGCCGAGCUGGACUGAUUCAAUCGUCUCCUUUUUGCGAGAUGGGAUAGUACCUGAAGACAGGCAGGAGGCAAUGAAGUUGAGAAAGAAAGCAUCUCGGUAUACCCUCGUUGAUGGGGUCCUGUAUAAGAGAUCUUUCUCACUUCCUUUUUUACGGUGUUUAAACCCCUAUGAAGCUGAAUAUGCACUUCGAGAGGUGCAUGAGGGUGUCUGUGGGAGCCAUGUCGGUGCUAGGACUCUGGCUCACAAAGUCUUAAGGCAAGGAUAUUACUGGCCAAACAUGCAUAAAGAUGCCAUUUACUUUGUUCAGAAAUGCCCGAAAUGUCAAUUCUUCGCACAUCUGACUCACCAACCGGCAGAGGAACUCACGAACAUGGUAGCACCGUGGUCAUUUGGUCAGUGGGGAUUGGAUCUUUUAGGCCCAUUCAUGAAAGGGGUUGGAGGUGUAACCCAUCUGGUUGUUGGUGUGGAUUAUUUCACAAAGUGGGUAGAAGCUCGGCCUUUAUCUAGUCUUACUUCUAAGAAGGUCGAAGAUUUUGUUUUCAGCUCGAUCAUCUGCAGAUAUGGGAUCCCGAAUCAGAUUGUGGCUGAUAAUGGAACUCAAUUCAAUUGCUCCUCAUUCCGAGAUUUCUGUUCCAGUUAUGGGAUUAAGUUGCAGUUCACCUCCGUUUACCAUCCGGAGUCCAAUGGCAUGGUUGAAUCUGUUAACAAAUGCAUUUUAGAAGGUAUAAAGCCGAGAUUGGAACAGCAUAAGGCCAAGUGGGCAGACGAGCUCAACAAUGUCCUCUGGGCAUACAGAACCACGAGCCAAACUGCCACAGAUGAAACACCCUACCACUUGGCCUUUGGUACCGAAGCAGUCAUUCCUGUUGAAAUAGGAGUCCCAAGCUUCCGGGUCACCCAUUUCGAUGAAGGGCGAAAUGGACAACUGCUUCGGGAAAACCUUGAUCUGCUUGCCGAAGUCAGAGAAGAAGCUCGGCUUUGAACUCUUGUAAACAAGCAGUAGCUAGCCAACUUCUACAAUAAACGGGUCCACCCUCAAACUUUCAAAGUAGGAGACCUUGUUCUCAGAAAAGCUGGCCUAACGGGGUUCGAAACUCGUUUUGGCAAACUUGCCCCAAAUUGGGAAGGCCCUUAUGCCGUGGCCGAAGUGCCACAUCCUGGUGCCUAUAUUCUCCAAGAUGCUGAAGGAAUGAGAGUUCCUAGAGUCUGGAAUGUCAAUAACUUGAAGAAAUUUUACCCCUAAUAAAAUUCUUUCAAGUGU